CCAAGUCUCGGCUAAAGUAAUCAGCAAACUGUAGACCACCACAGUUGCAUCGACCCCCUUUCUGGUAUUAUGCAUGCAAGCCAAGAGGUCCGACCGAGCGCUUGUUAGCGACAUGGAAGUCACUUCUGUAAAGUAGAGGAGAAACGCUUUGAAUGUGGCAACCGUACGGCAGAAAGUCCGGCUGAGCGUGGCUUCAAGAGACAGCGGAAUACUGUAUUUGGGCUUGCUUGCAUUCAUUUUCCUUAACGUGGACAAUCAUGUUUUUGUUCUUCUGGGGACUAAGCUUUUUUGUAUUACUCUCUGAUUUUAUGAAUGCACUAGCUUCAACAGGGAGACCGCGAGACUCAGAGAAAGCGAAAUUACCGCAGUUUGGCGCGUAUGAGAUUGUAACUCCGGCCAGAGUGAAUGAAGCCGGUGACAAACUGCCAACGGGCGUGCACUUCAAGAGGAGAAAGCGGAGUACCGACCCAAUAACCGGCAACAUCUCCCAUCAUUGGACCUCUCCGCACGUCUAUUAUCAAAUAUCUGCCUUUGGGCAGGACUAUUACCUUAACCUUACGCUCGAGUCGGGAUUUAUUGCUCCAGUUUACACUGUCACGAUACUCGGAGCAUCCAGUGAAGGUCAUAAUUCAGAAGAGGGGGAGGAGGACACGGAGUAUCAGCACUGCUUUUAUAAAGGACAUGUGAACGCUGGGCAGGAGCAUACUGCAGUAAUCAGCCUCUGCUCCGGUUUGCUUGGCACUUUCAGGUCACCAGAAGGGGAGUUUUUUGUGGAGCCCCUUCAUAGCUACAAUGGUGAACAUUAUGAAGAAGAACACAUCAAACCUCAUGUCGUGUACAGAAAAGAUGCCUCAAAAAAGAGUGUAGAUGAUCCGACUGCAUGUGAAACUUCAGGACAUAUAGAGCCACUCCGCAGACACAGGAACAGACUGAAGAGAAAGUCGCCCUCAAGCAUGUUGUCCGACCUGGAGUCUCUUAAUUCCAGACUCUUCUCUGCCCCCUUCCCCUCCUUAGAAAACAAGCACAACUCUGCUAAUGAAAGCAGUGACUCCAAGCCACACCGGAGAUCAAAGCGUUUCCUCUCCUACCCCCGUUUUGUUGAAGUCAUGGUUGUGGCAGACAGCAAGAUGGUGGAACAUCAUGGAAGCAACCUUCAGCACUACAUUCUUACACUGAUGUCCAUAGUUUCCUCAAUCUAUAAGGAUCCCAGCAUUGGAAACCUGAUUAACAUUGUUAUUGUGAAAUUGGUCAUUAUAAAGAAUGAGGUGGAUGGUCCCACUAUCACUUUCAAUGCACAAGCCACUUUGAAAAACUUCUGCAUAUGGCAGCAGAGUCAGAACCACCCGGAUGACAACCAUCACUCACAUCACGACACUGCCAUCCUAAUCACAAGGCAGGACAUCUGUCGAGCACGGGACAAGUGUGACACUUUAGGUCUUGCUGAGCUAGGUACAGUUUGUGAUCCCUACAGAAGUUGCAGUAUUAAUGAGGAUAAUGGACUCAGUACUGCUUUCACCAUUGCUCAUGAGCUUGGCCAUGUGUUCAACAUGCCUCACGAUGACAGUAACAAAUGCAAGGAGGAUGGAGUUAAGAACCAGCAACAUGUGAUGGCCCCUACGCUCAACUAUUACACCAAUCCUUGGAUGUGGUCCAAAUGUAGUCGGAAAUACAUCACAGAGUUCCUCGACACAGGGUAUGGGGAGUGUUUGCUCGAUGAGCCAGUUUCUAGGCCAUACAGUUUGUCCCAGCAGCUGCCUGGACAGAUAUAUAACGUCAAUAAACAAUGUGAGCUGAUAUUUGGGCCUGGGACACAGGUGUGCCCAUAUAUGACACAGUGCCGGAGACUGUGGUGCACCAGUCCAGAAGGAGUCCAGCGUGGCUGCCGGACCCAACACAUGCCAUGGGCUGACGGGACAGAGUGCUCUCCAGGAAAGCAUUGUAAACAUGGCCUGUGCAUCCCUAAAGAGCAUGAUUCUGUUCCAAUAGAGGGGGCCUGGGGUGUGUGGAGUCCCUUUGGCACAUGCUCAAGGACCUGUGGAGGGGGAAUCAAGAUCGCGGUGCGCGAGUGCAACCGACCCAUGCCCAGAAAUGGGGGAAAGUAUUGUGUAGGACGAAGGAUGAAAUUCCGUUCCUGUAACUCUGAGCCAUGCUCCAAGCAAAAGAAAGACUUCAGGGAGGAACAGUGUGCCAGCUUUGAUGGGCGGCACUUCAACAUCAAUGGUCUACCUCCAAAUGUCCGCUGGGUGCCAAAGUAUAGUGGAAUUCUGAUGAAGGAUCGCUGUAAGCUAUUCUGUCGUGUAGCGGGCAGCACAGCUUACUACCAACUCAGGGACAGAGUUAUUGAUGGCACGCAGUGUGGGCCUGACACCAACGACAUCUGUGUUCAGGGCCUGUGCAGGCAAGCAGGAUGUGACCACGUGUUGAACUCCAAGGCCAGGAGAGAUAAGUGUGGGGUGUGUGGUGGGGACAACUCAUCUUGCAAGACUGUUGCAGGAACAUUCAACAUAGUGCAUUAUGGUUACAAUGUUGUGGUGCGAAUUCCCAGUGGUGCUACAAACAUAGAUGUCAGACAACACAGCUACUCAGGGAAACCAGAGGACGAUAACUACCUCGCCUUGUCCAACAGCCGUGGAGAAUAUUUACUCAAUGGAGAUUUUGUGGUCAGUAUGUUUAAAAGGGAAGUCAGAGUGGGGAAUGCUGUUAUUGAAUACAGUGGCUCUGACCAUGUCGUUGAGAGAAUCAACUGCACUGACCGCAUAGAAGAGGAGAUUAUUAUCCAGGUGCUAUCCGUAGGAAACCUCUACAACCCUGAUGUCAGGUAUUCCUACAACAUUCCCAUAGAAGACAAACCUCAGCAGUUUUUUUGGGAUGCGUACGGCCCAUGGCAGGAUUGCAGUCUUUUGUGCCAAGGAGAGCGCAAGAGGAAGAUCUUGUGCAAUCGUGAGUCGGAUCGAGUGGUGGUGUCUGAUCAGCGGUGCCAUGGCUCUCCUAAACCAGCUGUGAUCACCGAGCCAUGCAACACAGACUGUGAACUCAGGUGGUACGUUGCUCGCAAAAGCGAGUGCACAGCCACAUGCGGUCUGGGUGUUCGGACUUUGGACAUUUACUGCACCAAACAGGGCAGGUUGGAUGGAAAGACCCAGAAGGUCGAUGAUCGGUAUUGCAGCAGUCAGCGCAAGCCUGAUGACAAGGAAGUGUGCCGUGGAGACUGCAACCCUGGUGGAUGGGAGUACUCCUCCUGGUCUGAGUGUUCCAGGAGCUGUGGAGGAGGAACGCGUCGUAGAAGUGCAUUAUGUGGAAAGUCAGCAGAGGCUGAUGACGAAAGCAAGUGCAACCCACAAGAAAAGAUCACAGUCCAACCCUGUAAUGAGUUCCUGUGUCCUCAGUGGAAAACUGGAGACUGGUCAGAGUGUCUGGUGACAUGUGGCAAGGGCUAUAAGCACCGCCAGACCUGGUGUCAGUUUGGAGAGGAGCGUUUGGAUGACCGUUUCUGUGACUCAUCCAAACCAGAGUCAGUACAGGCCUGCCAACAGCAAGAAUGUGCGUCCUGGCAGGUGGGACCCUGGGGACAGUGUACCACCACAUGCGGCCCAGGCUAUCAAAUGAGAGCUGUGAAGUGUGUGGUUGGCUCAUACGGCUCUGUCAUGGAUGACACUGAAUGUAAUGCAGCAACACGUCCAACAGAUACUCAGGAUUGUGAACUCUCGCAGUGCCCGGUGACUCAUCCUGUCAUCCCAGAGACCAAAGUGAUGUCACAUCCUGGUCAUAAAACACAGUGGCGCUUUGGAUCAUGGACACAGUGCAGCGCCACCUGUGGAAAGGGCACCCGGAUGCGCUACGUAAGUUGCCGUGACCAGCAGGGUGGAGUAGCAGAGGAAUCAGCCUGCGCUCAUCUUACAAAACCUCCUGCUAGUGAGGUGUGCUCCAUAGUGGCGUGUGGACAGUGGAAGGUUCUAGAAUGGACUGCGUGCUCCGUAUCCUGUGGUCAGGGUACAACUACACGGCAAGUGGUGUGUAUGAACAUCAGCGAUCAAGUUGUGGAAAUGAGUGAGUGUGACCCAGAUGAUCAACCAGCAACAGAGCAGGAGUGUGCCAUGCCCCAGUGUCCGUCUCGCUCCAGCGACCACGGGGGCUUUUUACCUAACCCUGAUUCUCGGAAAAAAAAUGUUCCCAUCGGACGAACUGACCGUAACAGAGCUGGCAGACCCCAGUCGCAUCAAUGGAGGACUGGACCAUGGGGGGCGUGUUCAAGUACCUGUGCCGGAGGAUUCCAGAGGCGUGUGGUGGUGUGUCAGGAUGAGAACGGCUACCCUGCCAACAGCUGUGAUGAAAGCACACAACCCACAGAGCAACGCUCCUGUGAAUCCGGCCCCUGCCCUCAGUGGGUCUAUGGCAGCUGGAGUGAGUGUUCAAAAUCCUGCGGAGGAGGGAUAAAGACCCGGUUGGUCACUUGUCAGCGGCCCAACGGGGAGCGCUUUAACGAUCUGAGCUGUGAAAUUCUUGACAAACCACCCGACCGAGAACAGUGCAAUACUCAGUCCUGCUCUAUUAACCCUCACUGGAUCACAGACCAAUGGAGCUCGUGCUCCGCGUCCUGUGGGAGAGGAUACAAAUACCGUAAUGUGACUUGUGUCAGUCACGUGGGCCAGCCAAUCGCAGAAGAGAACUGCUUGCACCAGCCCCUCCCACAAAAACAAAGGCGUUGCAGAGGUGGGAGGUGCCCUAAGUGGAAGACUGGGAGCUGGGAUGAGUGCAGCAAAACAUGCGGUUUUGGGUACAAGGCUCGAACAGUGGUGUGUUUGGAUAAGGAUGAAGAUGAGGUGCAUGACACAUACUGCAUGAACCAAAGAAAACCUGCUGAUAAGGAACCUUGUAACUUACAACCCUGUGAGUUCAUCUGGAUUACAGGAGAAUGGUCUAAGUGCUCAGUCACCUGUGGUCAGGGGUAUCAGAGGAGGCUGGUGUCCUGCAGUGAGGUUCAUGCUGGGACUGAUAAUUAUGAGUAUAGCCUUAACUCUUCGUUAGACUGCCCCGGCACCCCUCCUGAGGACGUCAUGCCCUGCUUUUGGCUGCCUUGCCCUGCCCCACACACUUGGAGAGUGGGUAUAUGGGGUCCUUGCUCUGCAAGCUGUGGAAGGGGCUGGACAGAGAGAAGAGUCCAGUGUAUAUCAGCAGAGGGCGAGGUUUCUGAAAAAUGUCCCUCCUCCUCUAAACCUGAAGAACGAAAAUCCUGCAUCAGUCCUUCUUGCCACUUCCCCACUAACUGCAGAGAUGUAAAGCUCCAGAAAGGUGUCGUCUCUGAUGGUGAACAGACUUUAACCAUAGAUGGUAAAAUGUUAAAAAUCUACUGUUCAGAGAUGAACUCUGACAAUCCUAAAGAGUAUAUCACAUUGAUCAUAGGAGAAGAAGAGAACUUCUCUGAGGUCUUCGGAUACAGGCUGAUGGACCCCACACAGUGCCCAUCCAACCUAAGCAGGAGAGAGGAUUGCCAGUGUCGAAGAGACUACAUAGCCGCUGGUCUCUCUACCUUCAAAAGAGUCAGAGUGGACCUCAACAAAAUGAUCAUUAUAACCACAGACUGGAAAUUCGCCUUCAUCCAUGAAGGCCGUAGGAUUCCUUUUGCCACAGCAGGAGAUUGUUACAGUGCUGCCCGAUGUCCACAGGGCCGGUUCAGGAUCAAUCUCUCAGGAACGGGAUUCAAGGUGGCAGAUAACACCAAGUGGAUUUCCCAAGGGAACUAUGCCAUAGCUGACAUACACAGGUCUCAGGAUGGCAGUAGAGUUUCUGGGAUUUGUGGUGGUUAUUGUGGAAAAUGCACUCCCUCCUCCAUCUCUGGACUUGCUGUUGAAGUUUCAUGAUGCAGGUGGUCAGGUCUGCUGACAAACAGCAGGAAUGUGUAUGAUCUAUUUCUAAAUAUCACUGUCAAUUUUAAUUUCUUUGAAGUUUUAAUGGGUCUCAUGUAGACUCGUGUAUAUCUGUGGUGCUAAAGGAAAUGAAGAACAUCUUUUUUAUUUAUUUAAAUUUUUAUAAGACUCUACACUUGUUUUGAAAAUGUUAUGUGUAUUAUUUCUUAGGUGCCAUACAGUUCAGUUGUGAGCCAUAAGGAGUUUUGAGAUACCAGUAUACCUUCUUGGCAUCUAUAUUACUAUACUAAUGUUCAAAAGUUUGGGGUCGGUAAGAUUUUUUGUUUGUUUGUUUGUUUGUAUUUAAGUCUCCUAUGCUCACCAAAGCUGCAUUUAUUUGAUCAAAAAUGCAGUGAAACAAUAAUAUUCUAAAAUAUUAUUACAAUUUAUGUAAUGUAAAAAUUAAAUGUAAUUUAUUCCAGUGAUGGCAAAACUGAAUUUUCGGCAUCAUUACUCCAGUCUUCAGUGUCAUAUGAUCCUUCAGAAAUCAUUCAAAUAUGCUGAUAUGGUGCUCAAGAAACAUUUCUUAUUACUAUCAAUGUUGAAAACAGUUGUGCUGCUUAAUAUUUUUUUCCAGGAUUCUAUGAUGAAAAGAAAGUUCAAAACAUUUAUUUGAAAUAGAAAUCUUUUGUAUCAUUAUAAAUGUCUUUAUUGUCACUUUUGAUCAAUUUAAUGCAUCUUUGCUGAAUAGAAGUAUUAAUUUCUUAAAAAAAAAAAAAAAAACUGACUACAAAUAUUUGAACGGUAGUGUAUUUGGGAAAUAUUAAUGCUAAUUGUCAUCUGAAAAGUCAGAUUAGAGAAUUUUGUUUUGUUUUUUAACUCAUCAUAUUAGAAGAUGUUAAUUGCAGACUAGUGCCUUUUAUUAGUUUUUUUUUGUUUGUUUGUUUGUUUGUUUAGGGUUUUUUUUUUUUUUUUUUUUUUUUUCUAAAAUUCCAGAGAAACCAAUAUAAGCAGAGUGAGCCUAAAUGAAAGAAACAUUGUCACAGUCCAGAACACAGUCUCUGUGUUUAGCAUUGUUUUGGAAUGGAAUGCUUUGUGUCCAAGGAAGUGGAAUUCUGACUAUUCGCUGGCGCUAGUAAGACACAUCAUUAUCAUUCUGUAUAAUUAUAUAUAUAUAUAUAUAUAUAUAUAUAUAGAGAGAGAGAGAGAGAGAGAGAGAGAGAGAGACAAGCCCAAAAUGGCUAAACAGCCAUUUCUACAGGCUACAAUUAGCAAAAUUUAAGCAAAUGCACUACUUAAAAAGCCAUUGUCUUAGAAUAACAUCAAAGACAGAAUGAAGUUUUUGGCAGAAUAUGGGAAGUUUGAUUCAGAGUGGUUUAGCAGAGUUGGAGUGAUAAAUCACAAUGAAACAUAAGUUGCAUGGUGAUGCUCCAGAGCGGUGUCUUUGAAAAUCUGGUGAGAAAUAUAAUAAUAAAUGCAUCUCUACCAGAGUGAAGCAUGGAGGAAGAGGUGUCAUUGUGUGGAGAGCCUUUUUAGCUGCUGGUAUUGGUGAGCUAGAGUACUUCACUGUGAAGAGUCAUUUAAUGCCUUGGAUUACAGGAGAAAAUUGUAGAAUGGCUUGCUUCCCUGAAAAGUUGUUAUCUAAAGAGGAAAGUUAUUUUUCAACAGAAAAUGCUCCUGCCCAAAUUGCAAAGUCAACCAAGAAGUGUUUUGAGAACAAGUCAAUCAGGCUCAUGUUUUGGCCUGGUCAGAGUCCAGAUUUGUGGUUUCUGGUAAGUUUUGUAUUCUCUUCGGAUGAAAGUACAGCUUAUCUAGCUGUUGACUCGCAGUCACAAAGAAGGCCGUGUAAAGAUGAGACAUGACCUUGAUGUGUUCAGAUGUGCAUUCUGACAUUCUGAGAUGUGCAAGCCUGAGAAAUAAAAGUGAGGAAUUUGUUUUUGUAGGUUGCAUGGUUGAAUUAGAUUGGAAAGGUUGUAAAAUGAGGAUUUGGAGACGACUGGGCACUCCAAGCAUUUUUGUCUGCAGUUGUCUGCCACUGGUUAUCUUCUUAUUCAUUGUCCAAGCUGAGGAAAAGUGUGUAUUAACUACAGAAAAUUGAGAUUGAGAAGUUUGUAUCAAAUGUUGUGAAUGAAUUUAGGUGUUCCAAAUAUCAAAAGGAACCAAAUAUCAGAACACUUCUGUAGCCAGCAAAAGGCAGUUUUUUGGGUGAAGUGUGAUGUGAUGUUUUUAUCAUUAUUUUUCAGUUCUACCUCAGCUGUGCCUCUUUUAUCCAUUUUAAAACAUAUUGUAUAAUAUUGUCAUAGCAAAUUACAUAAUUUUUCCACUGAUAACUGCACUGCCAUUAUGUGUGUAUAUUUUCUUACUGUGUAUUUAUUAGGGUGAUAAUUCAUUGGUACAUUAAAAUCCAUUGGCACAUUAUUGCUACGUUGGAAUACUGAAAUAUUAUUUUCGUGUAUUCAUUAUGUAGAUCAUAAUCUAAUCAUAAAAGACGCAAAAGACGUCAGGUCAAAAGACAAAGAAGCCAUUUAAUGUUGUACUAAAAACAUUUUAUGACAUUGAUGUACUAAAAACAUACUUUCCCUAAUUGGCUUUUGAGAGAUGCUGUUUGAGGCCUACUUUAUAAGUCUGUUUUUUUUUUUUUUUUUUUUUUUUAAUUAAGUAUGGUUUUAAGUAAAUGUUUAGAUCAGAUUUAUUUCAGUUUUCUUGUAACACGUGCCUUUAAAUGCAUAUUGAUAAUCUAAGAAUAAAAAGGGAAUUUUUGAAAACAGCCAUUAGAUAAUAGAGCAGUUUGUCCUUAAACUGAUGUGUGAUUUUGAGUAAUGCUGUAUUUAUACUUUGAAUGCCUGAAGCAUUAUUGUAAAUGAAUGUGUAUCAAUGUGUAUCAAAAAGAUUAGUCUUGUGUACUUGUGCACACUUGGCAAAUAAAGUGCAUCCUGAUUAUAUAAUAGCCUUUGUUGCCCUUCAAAAAAAAUCACUUUAAUACGAUGCAGCCAAAUAAUUAGUUGAAUGCAGUAUUGCAGUACUUGAUAGAAUGGCCACUUGACUUCAUUUGCUUUGAAAUGUGGAGAACUCUUAAACGGUUAACUGCUCAAAUCCAUUUGUGCAAAUUGUUUGGUUGAGCAAUGUUCCCAACAACUUUGGAAAAUGCUGCAAUGCUUCAAUGCACCAGAACCAGGGUAGAGUCAGUCACAGUAUAGUUUAUCAAGCAAAUUAAUUUUGGGAAUUUUGAAAUAUCACUGAGACUUGUUUUGUGAAAUUCAUGCAAGUUGCUUUCAGU